AUGUCAAGCAAUCGUGGAAUAGCAACCACCGAAAAUAGAGAAGUCAUUCAAGAAUUAAGAGAAAUUAAAAGCGAUAUUAAAGAAGAAGUAAUUGACAUUCAACCCCUCUUAAAAACUAAAAGAUUAUUAGAAAAGGUUGUCAAGGAAGGAACCAGUAGCGAACUGGAAGAAAUGGGUGGUGUUCAAGCCUUCGAGAUGGCUUACGAGUUAAGUUGA